AUGAAACGUGCUAACAAGGAUAUUGAUAAUUCUUUAUUAUCAUUAAAACAUUUUCAUGCCGAUGUUCUUUAUUCGUUUUAUACACCUGAAAAACUUGAAACACGUUUACAUCGUUUAAUAAUUGAUUAUUAUACAGAAAUAAAACUUGAUAAAAUACCAUAUGAUGAAUAUGCCUGUAUUCAUCAUUUACUUAAGGAUUCUAAUAAUCCUCUUCAACCUGAAUUACUAAUAUUAAGUGAUGAAUAUAUAACUUGUUUAACAGAACGAUAUUUGACUUAUUUUCGUAAAAAUCUUAUUCAAUCAAUAUUCGUCAAUUUGAAACGUCUUACAUUAAUCAAUUGUUCUACAAGUGAAAUUCAACAAAUUAAUAGGAACUAUAUCGAUUAUCUAACACGACUUGAAUAUUUUCAUAUUAAUGUUUAUAAGUUUAACGAAGAUCUAAGUAAGUUAAUUUUAUCAUUCUUUGAUUAAUAAGUUAAUGAGAAUAAAUAAGAAACUAAACAGUUAUCUUUAAUCGAUAGUUUUCGAAGAAUUAUGUGAUGGAUCGAUUGGUCGAAUAUUAUUUAACAAAAAGCUCUUAUCAUUACAUACGAUUAAGAUUGAAUUAUCAUAUGGCCUUUCAUUAUAUCACUCUUUAACAUCUCAUGAAAAUCUUCGUCAUGUGGAAAUUAUUUUAAAAACAAUCGACAAUUUAUAUAUUACUCGAUGGACUUAUACCAAAUUUUGAAUCAUUAAUUGUUCAUUUAACUCAAACACGUAUUUUGAGUAAGUUUAUUACCAUUGAGACUCUUCAAAAACGAUUCACUCACUAAUGAUUCGUACUAACGAUUAAUAACUAUGCACUGUACGUAACGGAAUUCCCUUCAAUUAGCUGAAAAAACAACAGUACUUGCUGAAAAUCUUGUAGAUGUUUAUUCAUUUUUGUUUUGGGGGACAUCGAUCUUUGUCUAUUGACUUAGUUUCGAAUGAGCUAAUUUAGAUAAUAAAUAGAGAACGCGGUCGUAGUUGCUAAAGGACAGUAGAUGUUAUCAACUGACUACAUCUAUUGUGUUGAUAAGUUUGGCUUCUAUUUCAAACGUCGUCUGAAACAGUAUGUCAAUCUGUUAUAUACAACCGGUCAAUUCGUCACCGGCUAUUCAGUGAUAUUCCUUCUGUGUCAUUUUUCUUGUAAUAUACAGACAGUUGAUGAUAUUGAUCUAGCCUGGCUUUACAAUGUU